AUGAAAGAUUCGCUUCAUCCAGUACGUCUGAAGUUGCUGCGCGCAAUGACAUCCGCCGCUUUCAACAUGUGCAGAGACGCAAAGGUAGGGCGAAUCAAAACCACCUCCGAUCUGUUCUGUAGUCGCUGAUCUUUCAGAAGGUAACAGUUGGAUUCCCGGUUUCCAACAGAAUAUUCAUCACAAGCCAAAACAUGAUCAUUGUGAAUGAGUUCUGUGGGGAUAAUCAAUCAGAAAUCAUCGCAGAAGCCAUAUUCAAGUUUCUCUGUGAUUUCAACAAAAUCGAUUCGGGAGGUUUGCCAAUGCUCUCCGGAAAAAUCCCCAAGAAAGCAAUCGCGAUUCCGUGGUAUCGUAAAAACAAUAAAAUGUCGUUCAAGAUGGUCCGUUACUUGAUGACUUACGAAAUAUUCGAUUACUUUUUGGACUACGGUACCGGGAGGGUGAGGCUCUGAAUGGUUUCUCAGCGGAUUUAUGCAUUUCUUUUCUCUAUUCAGAUUUUCCGCCUACGCUUUGAUCUCACUCGAUUCUACUAUCUUCCCGCAGAUUUUGACCAGCGGUACUGUCCGCUGCGCGUCUUUUUGACUGGAAAAGAGAGGAACUUAUCGAAAAUCGCAGCAUGCAAAUCACUCCCAGUCACUGUCAUUAACCCAUCUCCGACAAACAGAAAGGUGAUCGCAGAUAAGAUUUCAGUCAGUCAAUCAAAUUUGUGUUUUUUUCAGUUCAUACUGGAUCGUCUUCCAAUUCUUGAUGAACAAUACAAGCAGACAAAAAGAAGACGGAGUUUGGGAGAUUUGGACGAAGGGUCGAAUCUAAUUCUCCCUGAGUUCAAAGAAAUGUAA